AUGGACAGAACCAUUCCGCUACGGACACCCAUCUUACUGAGAUCAGUCGUCAAUGUGGGUAAAGACGACGAGCGGUCCCCUGCACUCCACAACACAAAAGUCGACAAGAUGCAGCGAAUUCUGGUUACAGCUAUUGCUCUCUCCUUCUCUUUUUGCCAUGCUGCGCCGCACGAGAAGCGUUUAUCGAACUAUAUCUCAAGCUGCGGUGGUGCCUGGAUGGCACGGGACGAUGUGAGGACGAACAACGGCAAGGUUCCGCGUCGAGGCUACUUGACUGCUGUUGCCGAAUUCUGUCAGCAAGCCAACAAGCAAACCAUCCAGCGGGCGGCUAUCUCUCACUAG